GCCGCUGCAAAAAACGCACCUUGAAAUUGGGUUCGCGUCUCUCUCUCUCUAAGCUCACACUGUGUUGAGUGGGGUUUGGCUCGGUCUCUGAUUCCAGGUAUGCUCCCCAAGACCCGAAUUAUUUCUUCCUAUUUGCACAACCACACAGCCAUUUUCACGUCACACACGAACCCAGAAACGCAGCUUCAGGUUCGAUCCAUUUCGAGCCUCAAGGUGGUUUGGCGCAAAGACCGGAAGCUAGACCAGGCCAUUGAGAACGACAAACAAUACAAGCUCUGUGCCCGGGUCGUCAAGGAGGUCCUUAACGAACCGGGCCAGGUAAUCCCACUUCGGUACCUUGAAAAACGGCGCGAAAGAUUGCGCCUUAACAUCAAAGUCAAAACCUUUCUUAGCAGAAACCCUGGUUUAUUUGAUAUUUAUUAUGAUAGAAUCAAACCAAAAACGGAACCCGUUAAGUUUCUUCGAAUUAGCGAUAGGCUCCAGCAAAUUAUUGAAGAAGGGAAUGGGAUUGUUAUGGAAAAUGAGCCUCCGAUUGUGUCUAAGUUGUGUAAAUUGUUGAUGAUGUCCAAGGAUAAAGUGCUUAGUGCUGAUAAAUUGGUUCAUGUCAAGAGGGAAUUUGGGUUCCCUAAUGAUUUUAUGGUCAAUUUGGUGCCCAAGUAUCCGCAAUAUUUUAGGAUACUUAGGUUCCCUGGGGAGGAGAAAUCAUUUCUGGAAUUGGUUUCUUGGAACCCCGAGUUUGCGAAAUCUGUGAUUGAGAGGAGAGCAGAAGAGGAGUCAAAUUUGACAGGAAUCCGAGUUCGUCCUAAUUUUUAUUAUAAGCUUCCAUCAGGGUUUUUCUUGAAGAGGGAAAUGAGGGAGUGGGUUAGGGAUUGGAUGGAGCUGGAUUACAUAUCGCCAUAUGAGGAUGUGUCGCAAUUUGAUCAAGCAUCUCAGGAAAUGGAGAAGAGGACGGUUGGGGUUUUCCAUGAGCUGUUAUCAUUGUCCAUAUUUAAGAGGAUUCCUGUGCCCAUAUUGGGGAAAUUUAGUGAUGAGUAUAGGUUUUCAAAUGCAUUCUCGAAUGUAUUCACAAGGCAUUCGGGGAUAUUCUAUCUGUCGUUGAAGGGAGGGAUUAAGACAGCAGUGCUCAGGGAAGCGUACAAGGAUGAUGAAUUGAUUGACUGUGAUCCGCUACUAGAGGUAAAGGACAAGUUUGUUGAGCUAUUGGAGGAGGGAUGGAGGGAGAGAAAAGAACAGAUGCAGUUGCAAAUGGAAGAGGUUAAGAAGGACAAGGAAAGGAUGGCCAUGGGGAAUAAAGAAUAGGGCAAGGACAGGUGCAAAGAAUAGUUGAUGAUCAAGAAAGGUGAUUUUGCAACUAGAUGAAUGCUGACAGGUAAGAAGGAAUUACUUCUUAUUUGAAAUUUCUAUUGAUAUUGAGCUGCAAAUACUGUUGAAAAUAUUGGAUGAUCUUGGUUGUGUGGGAUUAUGGUAUUCUGUCUAGGAGAAGGUUCCUUUUUGUCCUCACAUUUAUCAAAAAAUUUGUAGUGAUUCUUGGUGUAACUGUAUCUCUUGAAUGGAGGGUGAAACUGCUUUCUUUUGGUGUCAUAUAUAAGACCCAUUAUUAUAUAUCUGUACUUCGUUUUGUUGAACUGUACAACAAUUUGUAAAAAUGGGAAUUAUUGAUGAAACCACUAUGACCAUUUGUGAUA